CUGUUCAAUCAAAUACUGAAGGACACCUAUUUGUAUUCCCCUUCGUUUCUUGGCCUACUCUAUUUCUAACCAGCUAUAAAAAUUCAGUGGGGGAGAGGAGAUAGCAGCAGUACUUGUGUUGAAAGAGGUUAAGAAAAAUGUCUGAUAAGUUACAUUACGACUCUUCCUCCUCCUCCUCGUCUUCUGACUCUGACGAACCCAACUCCUCUGCUUCAGCUCAAUUCCGCCGCCUCUUUGGAAGAGAAGAAUCCAUGCAUAAACUUCUGGGUGGAGGGAAAGUGGCUGAUGUGCUGCUUUGGAGAAACAAGAAAGCAUCUGCCAUAAGCCUGGGCGUGACUACAUUGACAUGGUUGCUCUUUGAGUACAUGGAAUAUCAUCUGCUUACUUUAGUCUCUCAUCUUUUCAUUUUUGGCAUUGUCAGCAUGUUUGUCUGGUCCAACGGAGCAAAUUUACUCAAACUACCUCCUCCACGUAUUCCAGAGAUUAAGUUUUCUGAAGAAGUGUUUCUCAACGUGGCAUCUGCUGUGAGAGUGGAAGCCAAUCGUUUGUCUGCAGUGUUGCAUGACGUUGCAUCAGGAAAAGACUUGAAGAAAUUUGUUGUGGCUGUUGGGUCUCUCUGGAUUCUCUCUGUAGUUGGCAGCUGGUGCAAUUUUCUCACUCUCCUAUAUAUGGGGCUUAUUGUGAUUGAGACGGUGCCCUUUCUUUAUGAAAACCACGAAGAUAAAGUGGAUAAGUGGGUACACUCUGCCACUGUGGAAAUGAGAAAACUAUACAAAGCCUUUGAUAGACAAGUACUGAACAAGAUUCCAAGGGGCCCUGCUGCAAAGCCCAAGAAAUUGAAGUGAGGUGGAGAGUAGAGGCCAUAUAACACAUGUAGCUAGAACUAUACAUAUUCUACUCUACACCCAUAUUGUUCACUUCAAGUUUUUUCUUUCCCUGCUGCCCUUUCUAGUCCAGCAUAUACACGUUUUCUCCUUUCUCUGUUGUUUGUCUCGUUAAAGCUUUUAAAUCUAAUAAUAGAUCAAUGGUCUGAUAUUUCUCAUUAAGAAUCA